GGUCUUAACAUUUGCCGCACUUUCCUCUGAUCAAACUGACGAUGGAAGUGACGAGAAAGAAUUUUCAAUCCAUUCUUCCGCAAGUCGAGAAGGCCAUUGCUGAAGCUGACUUCAUCUGUGUUGACACAGAAUUUUCAGGCCUUCAUGCAUCAAGCUCCUUUCACAUAUCACCCCUUGACACACCUGAAGAGAGAUACCAGAAACUGAGAAAGGGAUCAAGUGAUUUUUUGGUGUUUCAAGUAGGAGUUUGUACCUUUUGUUAUGAUGAAGAAAACAGCAAGUAUGAAGCAAGACCAUUUAAUUUUUAUGUUUUCCCAAGACCUUACUCCAGGGCUGCCCCAGAUUGCAGAUUUUUGUGCCAGAGUUCAAGCAUUGAUUUUCUUGCAUCUCAGAAUUUUGACUUCAAUAAGACAUUUAAGGAAGGUAUACCAUACUUAACUUCAACACAGGAGAGUCAGUUGAGAGACUCCUUGGAGGAAAGAAACAAACAGUACAAUCACUUUUCCUCCCCAGCCUUCGUCACACCAGACAGUGGGGCAGAGGCUGUGACAACAAAGGGCCCCAUUAACAUACCUGAAGAACACAAAGAUUUCAUAGAGGGCAUAUGCAAUACUGUUCAGGAAUUUUUAGACAAAGAAGGGGAAGAAACUCUGCCAUUGCCACCUUGUAAUGGAUUUGUGAGAAAACUCAUUUACCAGACUGUCAGGCAAAGGUUUCAGUCUGGGGUUCACUUGGCCGCUAAAACAGAUGAAAAGAAACAACGGUUCAUAUUAGUCACUAGAAUCAAAACAGAGGAGGACAUGAAGAAAAAAGAGGAGGAAAAGCAAGCAGCAGAACUGGCAGAAAUUGAAGAAGCUGUAGGAUUUUCAAAAGUUAUUAGAAUGAUUUCUCAGGGUGGGAAGCUGGUUGUUGGCCACAACAUGUUUUUGGAUGUGAUUCAUUUGUUACACAGGUUCUGCUCCCCACUCCCUGAGAAUUAUGAAGAAUUCAAAGCUUUGACAAAAUGUGUCUUUCCAAAAAUUUUGGAUACGAAGCUCAUGGCGAAUACAUCACCUUGUAAGGAAGUAGUUCCCAUUUCAGUAUUGGGGGAUCUAUUGAAACAAAUUAGUUGCACACCAUUCAAAAAGCCAGAAGUUGUGAUACCUGAAGACUUUCCCCAGUACAAACUAGAAGACAGCAAUUUACAUGAAGCAGCUUAUGAUGCAUAUAUUACUGGAAUAUGUUUUACAGGAAUGUCCGAUUAUCUAGGAAGUCUUCAAAAUCCCCCUGUUACCCAUGUUUCAUCUGAUGCUCCAUUAGUAAAACCUUUCAUAAAUAAACUUUUCUUAAUGAGGAUACCAGAUAUUCCAUAUUUAGAUUUAACAGCAGAAGAUGUAUUACCUAACAGAGACCAUGUUUUCCAUGUCACAUUUCCUAAAGAAUGGAAGGCACCCAAUCUUUAUCAGCUGUUCUCUCCCUUUGGAAAUGUUGGCAUUAACUGGAUAGAUGAUACUUCAGCCUUUGUGUCUCUUUACAAGAAAGACCAAGCCUCCUCAGUUAUGUCAACACUAUGCAAGAGGGACAGCCCAUACAAAAUAAUGACAUUUGAGUUAUUUAAAUAUGGUCUGCCAGAGAGGGAAUCCAAAAAACGUCCACAUUCGGCAGACUCAACAGAGGAGGAACCCAAGAAGAAAAAGCCCCUCAAUGUUGAUGCUCCAGUAUUUGUGUCUCGAUCAAGGUCAAUAACCCCACCCACGCCAGAAGAAAAUGGAGAAAAAAUGGAGGAGGAGGAUCUUGCUCCUGACAGCACUAGUGAAACAAAAAAUGAACAGAAAAUGUUUGAAGAGCCUGCAUGGUGACAAAUUAUUUGUUGAAGGAGUUGAACAUGAGUGAAAAUGAAAAAAGACAUUGUGACUUAGUGGUCUACAAAAUAGAAGCAUUAACAAUCACCAAGUAUCCAGCUGAGCUAACACAAGACUUCUAAUGGCAUUGUAAAAAUUGAUUAGAUGUCUUUAAAGCUUAAUUUAUGGCAUAUUGACGCAUGAACCUGUUUAACAGAAAUUCACACUUAAAUUUCAUGAACAGUGAUAGUAAAUACUAAUGAAAUGCAA